AAGCUACAUUUAGGCUAACAAGGAGGGAGGAUCGUCAAUAUGAACAUCCAGUUUAGACUUUCAACCAAAUUCCUUCAAAGUGUUAACAACUUAUAAACACGUUUUUAAACUAACAUUACAGCUGAAACGACUUUAGUUUGGUGUUUCGUUUCGUCCUCCAGGCGCUUCUUAAAAUCUGAUUUGUGUUAAAUCCUGAUAGGUUCAUUAUAGUGGGGGAUGGUAACAGUGAUAGCUUCAUGUAGCAUUUAAUGCUAUCUCAGGUCCAACUGGCUUCAUCAGUGAACUCACCGUCCAGUCCUGGACCUGCUGCUGUUUGUUGCUGAAAUCAGCUGCACAGACAAACUGGUUGAUGCUUAAAACAUGAAUCACUGAUUGGGUUUUAAAGCAGGGAAUGAAAAACUGUGACUUUAACUUCUGACCCAGAUGUUUUAUUUUUGUGAAAAUCUUCAGCAAAGCUCUUGGUGCCGUUUAGUGUUUUUCUUUUUCUAUUUAACAAACAUUGGAAUAAAGAUGGAGAUAAUGAGUGUUAUAUAAUAACAGUCAGAAAUAUGAGGAGAAACAUCAAAACCUCAACAAAAUUAGAGUGAAACAUGAUUUAGUUUGUUUGCUACAAAUUAAAUAAAGAAUUGAAAAUGAUCAGGUAAUAUUUAACUGAAAGGAUCCAGUUUCUGAUCCUCCAGACCAGCAGGUGGCGGUAAACACGGUUUGCUGUUGAACAACUAAUCUGAUCCAAUCAGAGUCCAGGUCGGUGGGCGUCCCGGUUCCGACAGAACUCAGAGGGAAGUGGGACUCCCCCCUCCCCGGCCUGUAGCUGGAAGCUCCAUCCAGUAAGUCCUAAUGGGUCUUUGGGUUCCGACAGGCGGAGGUCAGGGCUGGAGCUGAGCAGCUUCGGUUCGGGAAGGUUCUGCUGCCGGUUUCCAUGGUAACGGGUGAACUAUUGUGCUGGAACUGUUAGAGUAAGGUUCUGGUUCUGUUCGGGUUGCGGCAGUGGCAGCAGGAGUCUGGUUCUGUUUGAACUCGGUAAUGUCUCUGGUUUCGUUGAGUUCAGGUUCACUGCUAAACGAGGCCACAGCAUUUGAAGCCAUGGUGCGUUCAAGUGCAUCAACUACGUCACUACGUCAUUCGAGGCGCCAUGAUGGACGUGUGAAGUCCUUCAUGGCGGACGGUAGCACUGAACUGGGCGACUUAAUUUUUCCCCCAAGUUGUUUUUGUCGGUUCCUUCAUGGCUCUACAUGUUCAGUCGAGCUAACCUGUGAACGUUUCUCACCUGGUUGGCUGUUUGAAUCAGCUAGUUUACAAACCGAGCCGAUGUGUUGAUCAAAUUACAGGCUUUUCCUGAAUUCACACCACAAUUUAUCACAAUACCACAAACAGCGUUUCCUCCUAAACGGGAACGGGAUUAAAAUCCUACAGAAGACGAGAUGCUAACCAGUUUUUACCGCAUGUUACGCUAGUGACGCAGAAUGAAGGAGGAGGACCAGGAGGUGAAGGUAGAGGAGGACCAGGAGGACCUGGAGGACCAGGGGCUUCGGACUGAGGUGAAGGCUGAGGAAACUGAGGAAGUUAACCUGGCUGAGAACCAUGAGCACCGCCAGGACCCAGAACCGGACCGCCAGGACCCAGAACCGGACCGCCAGGACCCAGAACCGGACCGCCAGGACCCAGAACCGGACCGCCAGGACCCAGAACCGGACCGCCACACUGUGGACUCCACCCAGACCCAAAUGUCUGCCUCUGGUCUGCAGGAAACGUCUGGCCCCCUGCGGUGCUGCCCCAUCUGCCAGUCCGGCCUGUGGGAACGCCUGAAAGGUUUUCACCAGGUGAAGAACGCGUCACAGACACAGCUCACCUGGUCGGCCGGCCACACCAACAUCCAGCCACAUACGGAGCCGACUGUGGAUGAGAGGGGCAAAGAGUCGAACCGGGCGAAGACCCCCGAAGGCCCUGGGCUGGAGGAGAGGAGGCGGAUGCAGCCUGGCUGCUGCACUGAGCUGUUCCAGGCAUACAAGUCACGACUCGGAAAGCUGGAAUGGGAGAAGAGCGAACUGGAGGCGAGAGUGGGCCGGCUGGAGCGGGUCCUGAUGGGGUCGAAGCGCAGCGCUGCAGCCGACGGGGCGGAGGACGGCCUGCAGCCGGACAAGAGGCGGAGGCAGCAGGCAGAGGCAGAGGACGGCGCCUCCUCCUGGACACAACCUGCCAAGGGAACCACGCUCACCAAGGUCGGCACCAAGACGGAGAGGAUCGCGUCGAUGACGACCUCCACAGGAGAUCCCAGUAGCUCCCAGUGGGUCUCUGGGACAGGAGGAGGACGUCUGAUGGGACACCUCCGUCUGCCGGAGUCCAUGAACGAGAGCCUGACCCAGUUCCAGGCGGUCCUGGUUCUGGGUCUGGAGGCCAAGAAAGACGCCUUUACCCGACUCAGGGGGCUGAAGGCCUUCCUCUGCUUCAUGUCCGAUGGAUACUGGAGGCUGUCGGACUGGAGCUUCUUGCACAACGUGGCCAGGAUACGACUCUGGAUCAAGGUGAUGCUCAGCAGAGGGAAGAAGUUCAGCACCAUCCGGUCCUACCUCCGCAGCGCCUGCUGGUUCCUGGAGUUCCUGCUGGCCGCUCGGCCCCAGAGCUGCCACCGGAUUUCAGCCACUCAGACGCAGGUGGCCGAAAUCCUCCAGGUGCUGAAGACGACCAGCAGGGAGACAAACCGCAGAAACACCUUCCACCUGAAGCCGCUCAGGAGGGAGCAGCUGUCAGGUCUGGACGCCGUCGCCACCUGCCUCCGGCUGGCUCCAGGCCGGGUGGAGGACCUGCUGGCGGAGGUGGAGACGGACUGCAGUGCCACCCGGAGCCUCUACCUGCUGUACGGCUUCCUGGCGGCGUACUGGUCCUGCCUCAGCGGACUCCGGCCCAGAGUGUUCACCGCCUUGACGGACGCCGACGUCUCCAAGGCGGAGAAGGAGAUGACAGAGGAGGGCAUCCUGAUCAGGGUGGCCGAGCGCCAGACUUCGCCCCGGUCCGGUGAGGCGGCCUUCGCCUUGACGUGCCGGGAGUUCGCUUGGAUUGAGCGGCUCGUGCCCAUCAAAGCCCAGCGGGGGGGCAGCAGCAAAUACACCCUGUUCACCACAGGGACGAAGAAGUUCAGCAAGAUAAACCGCUACGUGAAGCUAGCGUGGGCCGAGAUGGGCCUGAGAGGCAGCAUCAACUUCACGCUGAUCAGGACCAUCAUGGCCGACUGCGCGCAAUCCGCCCUGACGAAGGGUUCUGGGAAACGGGCCGGCACUGCCGCGCCUCACCGGCUUAAGGCCAACCGGUGCGCCGCCUCUCUGCAGGACGCCAUGACGGUGAGGAAGAUGGUGAUCUGCAAGCUGGCGGCCCAACAACACCCACAGCUGCUCUCAGGGUCCAGUCCAUCCAUCACCACCGAACCCUCCACCUCCACCCAGCGCUCCUCCACCUCCCCCUCUACCUCCACCUCCACCCAGCGCUCCACCCAGCGCUCCUCCAUCGCUCGCUGCUCCUGCAGCAGCAGAGUUCUCCAGGAGGUCUCCGACUCCUCAGGUUUGCUGUCAGACCCCAGAGCUGGCAGACCUGAUCUGAAGUCUGAAGGAGCGUCUGGCGAUGCCUCGGAGAUCAGAAACAUGGCCGCCUGCUUUGUCAGACUGAGUCCCUUAAAGAUACCAGGCAGAGGCUGCGGCCAGCCUGCAGGUCAACAGGUCACCAGAAAACAAUAUGCCCUGAGGAAAAGAACAGGCAUGAAGAGGAAGUAUACGUUUUGAGGAGCCGGUUGGCUGGAGAGGCUCCCCACAGUUUUCCCAGGGUUUUUUGAGUUGUUUUCCUGUUAGCAUUGGUUUGGUUCUGGUCCUGAUUUAAUCUGUUCUAGAGGUUUUUCCUGUUCCUCCAGCUCAGAUAAACCUUUUGUUCUGUCAACGGCCGGAGCCUCUCCAGUUUGGAGGGUCCAGGUUCUGACAGGACGGGCGGUUCUGACCAUCAGAACACCAGACCCGAACAGAGGAAAGAAAAACCUUUAAAACAGCGGAAACAGAAGACAGCUGGUCGUCUUCUGGUGACCUUUGACCUCAUCUGUCGGUUUCUUCAGUUCUGGACGUGUUGGAAGCAGCAGGCUGCUUGUUCUGGUCGGUCAAGAAAAUAAAAUACAUUUCUUCAAA